CCCCUCCUUUCAACUUGCCACUGUCUCUCCUCUUCCGUCCGACCUCAACCCGAGCUCCAUUCGAUCCGCGCCUCCGCUUUCCCUUUUUGAACUUGCCAGUCUCUCUCUCUCUCUCUCUCUCUCUCUCUCUCUCUCCGUCUUCAACCCGGUCUCUCCAUUCGAUCAGUAAUGACGUAAAACCCCUUCAUCCUCUUCUCAGAUCGUCACCAAAGAAAUGGAUGGUGACGACGCUCUGCCUUCCCAACCAGGAAGGCCCUCGUUUAUGGACCCCACGGUGCAGAUUUCCCCAUCCAAGAUCAACUCCUUCCCAUCUCGCAUCAGUUCCUCCUCUUCCAUGAGAACUUCCUCCAACAUCGAUUCUCCGUCCUACCUACACACUCACUCUUUAGGCAUCAACCAGAGCCUAGCCUCGAUCCUCAACAACCCCCAUGUCGGUAAAUCUGGCGUCUAUGGCUCCGAUGCCUCCUGGUCCAGCUGGUGGUCCUCUGCCACCGCCAGUUCCGCAGAAUUCGCUCCUUUGAACGUCACCAAGCCUCUAUCUCCCGACGUGUCCCGCUUGGAUUUCCAGCCGUACCUCGCUUCGAUCUUGGAAUCCUACGGCCGAUUUGAGGACAUACAGCACCAUUGCAGCGAAGAGAGCAGGAGUGACAUGGAGAUCAAGGGACAGGGCGAAGCCCUUGUCGCUUGUCUCAGGGAAGUCCCGUCUCUUUAUUUCAAGGAGGACUUCGCCUUGGAAGAUGGGGCCACGUUCCGGGUCGCAUGCCCAUUCGCAUCUGCCCCCGAGGAGAACGCGGCCUUGCAGGAGAAGCUCUCCCAUUACCUGGACGUUGUAGAGCUGCACUUGGUGAAGGAGAUCUCACUCCGGUCGGACUCUUUCUUCGAAGCACAGGGGCACCUCCAGGAUUUGAAUGUCGAGAUUGUUGACACCUGCGUUCGGAUCCGGGACCUGAAGGAGACUAUGACGCUCCUGGAUGCGGACCUGGUGGAGUUGGCCCGCCAGAUUCAGGAUCUGAAUGCGACGAGGAGCAAUCUAUUGGCCCUUCAGCAGAAACUGAGGCUCAUAUUAUAUGUCAACCAAGCACUUUCGGCGCUGAAGCUGCUUGUUGCAGCGGCAGAUUGUGCUGGCGCUCUAGAUGUCACCAAUGACUUGCAGCAUUUGCUGGAUGGCGAUGAUCUUACUGGUCUCCAUUGUUUUCGUCAUCUUCGGGAUGAAUUGGCAAUGUCUAUAGAUUCCAUAAACAGCAUUCUUUCAGCAGAGUUCAUGCGUGCUUCUAUACAUGAUGCCAAAGAUGUGGAUUCUGUAAUUUUGUCGAAGUUGAAAGAAAGGGCUUCUAAUGUCAUUAAUGGGAAAGAUGACGAAGUUAAGUUAGAUGAUGAAGAAAGUUCUAGCUUUCGAGAUCGUCUUCUCCCCAUUAUCAUUGGAUUGCUUAGAACAGCAAAGCUUCCUUCUGUGCUGCGGUUAUAUCGUGAUAAACUUAUUGCUGAUAUGAAAAUGGCAAUCAAGACCACAGUUGCAGAGUUGCUUCCGUUUUUGGUUGCGCGGCCUGUGGAGUCUGAUUUCACAUCUGGAGAAAGAACAGUUGAUACAGAUGGUGGAGGUUUAUCACUUGCGAGCAAGCUACGGAAUCUUUCAUCUGAAAGCUUCGUUCAACUUCUAUCUGCUAUUUUCAAAGUUGUCCAGGCACAUUUAGUGCGGGCUGCUGAAGUUAAAAAAGUCAUUGAGUGGAUCAUGGGCAACCUUGAUGGUUGCUAUGCUGCUGAUUCUGUUGCAGCAGCUGUUGCACUUGGUGCUGCAGCAGCUGCGGCUGCAGAAACUGCUCAAGAAAAUGAUGGUCAACUUGGUACACCUCUGCCGUACUCUCUUCAGAAGAAUGCCAACAAGGUUCUUUUGCUUCAGGGAAAGCCAAAUGAGGCUUCCACACCGUCAAAUAUGUCAAAAAAUUUCCGUGCUGAUGUAUUGCGGGAAAACACAGAAGCUGUUUUUGCGGCUUGUGAUACGGCUCAUGGAAGAUGGGCCAAGCUCCUUGGUGUUCGUGCUCUUCUUCAUCCUAAGUUGAGACUACAAGAAUUUUUAAGCAUCUACAACAUUACUCAAGAUUUCAUAACAGCUACAGAGAAGAUUGGUGGAAGGUUGGGGUAUAGCAUACGGGGAACUCUGCAGUCACAAUCCAAAGCAUUUGUUGAUUUUCAACAUGAGUCUCGUAUGAACAAGAUUAAGGCAGUUCUUGAUCAAGAAACAUGGGCUGCAGUAGAUGUCCCAGAUGAAUUUCAGGCCAUCACUGACUCAUUUCUUUCUUCGGAAGCUUUGGUUCAUGGCAAUGGUGUAGAUACUUAUGGUGUUAAUCUAGUCUCAUGGAAUGAUGGUUCACUUGUGAUUGAUGGAGUACCAUCUGAAGAACAGCCUCUUAGGCUGAAUGAUUCUGCUAUGGCUGCAGACCAUCCAAAUCAAGUUAUGUCAGAGGAUGGGGACAAUUCAGAAAAUCUAAUCAAAGCUUUAACUUCUUCAGUUCGAAAAGUUGAUGGAAAUACCAAUGAGCAGGGGAGAUCUACCUCUCAAGCUCUUGUGUUUAGAGGUGUCAGUUAUCACAUGGUAAACUGUGGCUUAAUACUACUGAAGAUGUUGUCAGAGUACAUUGAUAUCAAUAGAUGUUUGCCCGCGCUGUCUUCUGAAGUCGUGCACCGUGUUGCUGAAAUUUUGAAAUUUUUCAAUACAAGGGCUUGUCAGCUUGUUCUUGGUGCGGGUGCCAUGCAGGUAUCAGGUUUGAAGUCCAUAACAUCGAAGCACUUGGCUUUGGCUAGUCAGGUCAUUAGUUUUAUCUAUGCUCUCAUGCCAGAAAUCAAGCGAGUUCUUUUCCUGAAAAUACCUGAAUCUCGCAAGGCGUUGCUACUCUCUGAGAUUGAAAGAGUAGCUCAGGAUUAUAAGGUCCACCAAGAUGAGAUACAUACAAAGCUAGUUCAGAUAAUGAGGGAAAGAUUGUUGGUACAUCUACGUAGUUUGCCCCAAAUUGUUGAGAGUUGGAAUAAACCAGACGAUAAUGAUCAUCAGCCUAGUCAGUUUGCUCGAUCCCUUACAAAGGAAGUUGGGUAUCUUCAUCGUGUCUUAUCUCGAACUCUACUUGAGGCAGAUGUUAAAGCGAUUUUCAGGCAAGUUGUUCAAUUACUCCAUUCACAAAUUUCUGAAGCAUUUUCAAACUUAGAAGUAAACUCUCCCCAAGCAAAGAAUAGACUGUAUCGGGAUAUUCAACACAUUCUUGGAUGUAUUCACACAUUACCUUCUGAUAAUUUGAGUAAAGACACUGUCCCGAACUCAGGCCCACUUGAUGAAUUCUUGGCGCAAAGAUUUGGUGCCGAAGUUAGUCGAGGGAUGCCAAUGUAAAGUAGAAGAUGUAGCUGUAUUAGGAAUUACCAAAUCUCAGGGAAAGUUCAUGAGAACAUCAAAGGGACAAAAUUUCCAACCUCCACACGUACUUUGUACAAUUGAGUUAAGGUGAUGAUUUUGCUCCCUUGUCAGAUGGGGAAUGAGCCACCUGAUUUCACUUGCAAGUGGUGCGGUGUGUUAAGAGCUUAACAGGAUUCUUGUGACCUAUGUAUGAUUGUCAUGUUAAACCUCGAUACACCGUAAUGAAUGGACCCAGCUCCACUGUGUGCUUGUUUCACUUCCAUUACUGAAGUUCUGCUCUUAGUAAAAUAACCAUCGUCGAUUGAGUUGGAAACAUUGCUUUCUUGGUUCGAUUCUUUUUUUUUUUUUUUUUUCUUUUAACCCUAUCCCUUAAUUGUUUUUGUGCCUAGUCUUGAAAAACAAUUGUAUCAGCAAUUGUAUCAAUCGUUUUAAAUCAAAAUCAGUUAUGUGCGGAAUGGUUUAUGUUA